AAAGCACUUUCAACUCCAAAAAAGAAAUAUCAGCCACCACCACUACCACCACCACCACCACCAUAAAGCUGAACUCAUUACCUAAAUGCAGUUAGUUCCACGCGAUGGAAACCAAUAAUGGUGCAUUCUCUAAAAGUGCCACAACUUAUAUGGCUGUGAAUGCCACCAUUAGCAUAUAGCAGCAACAGCAUCAGAAGAAGAAGAAGAAGCAGCAGUUUCAAACUUUCACAUGGCUCCAUUUGAAAACGUUUGUGUGAAACUUAAGCAUCAUCUUCACAUGCAUCUUGUCUCCUAAAUUGACUUGUAUCAGUUUCAUCAGUUUCAGUUCCAUAACCGCCACCAUCUUCAAUAGCUACAACAUAUCCCAGUUGAGUUCUUAAGUAGUCUUCAUCCACCACCAACUCAUUUUUCUCUUCUUUUUCUUUCCUUUUCAAAAUCCAAAUGGAACAUACUGUUCCAAACAGUGUUACAACUUUGCUGCUAUUCUUCUUGUGUCUCACAGUAACAAAGAUGGAAAUGAGUACUUGUCUCUCACCUGAUGGACAAGCACUUCUUUCUCUUGUUUCUGCAUCUGAAAGAUCAUCAUCAGCAUCUUCCUCACUUCUCUCUUCAUGGAACCCUUCAAGCUCAACACCAUGUUCAUGGAAGGGUGUUACAUGCUCCCCACAAAGCAGAGUAAUUUCCCUUUCUAUCCCUGACACUUUCCUCAACCUUACCUAUUUGCCUCCCCAGCUUUCUUCUUUGUCAAUGCUGCAACUUCUCAACCUCUCUUCCACCAAUGUGUCUGGCCAAAUCCCUCCCUCUUUUGGUCAACUCUCCCAUCUCCAACUCCUUGACCUCUCAUCAAACUCUCUAACAGGUUCCAUUCCUAAUGAACUUGGAAACCUCUCUUCACUUCAGUUCCUUUUCUUGAACUCAAACAAACUCACAGGAACCAUUCCUCAGCAUCUUGCUGACCUUACCUCACUCCAAGUUCUGUGCCUGCAAGACAAUCUCCUUAACGGUUCAAUACCAUCACAGUUAGGAUCAUUGAAAUCUCUACAGCAGUUUAGGAUUGGUGGAAAUCCAUACCUCACUGGAGAGAUUCCAUCACAGUUAGGACUACUCACAAACCUCACCAUAUUUGGUGCAGCUGCCACUGGACUUUCUGGUUCCAUUCCCUCUUCAUUUGGGAACUUGAUCAAUCUUCAAACUCUAGCACUUUAUGACACUGAUGUUUCCGGUUCAAUACCGCCGGAACUCGGGCUCUGUUCCGAGUUGAGAAAUCUUUAUUUGCACAUGAACAAGCUCACUGGUUCUAUUCCUCCUCAGUUGGGGAAGCUGCAAAAGCUCACAAGUUUGCUUCUUUGGGGGAAUGCAUUAUCUGGGUCAAUACCAGCUGAGAUUUCUAACUGUUCAUCACUUGUGGUGUUUGAUGCCUCUUCCAAUGAACUCACUGGUGAAAUACCUGAGGAUUUUGGGAAGCUUGUGGUUAUGGAACAGCUUCAUUUAUCAGAUAAUUCCCUCUCAGGGAAAAUACCAUGGCAGUUGGGAAACUGCACAAGCCUUGCUACUGUUCAGCUUGACAAGAAUCAGUUAUCAGGUUCAAUCCCUUGGCAAGUUGGGAAGUUGAAAUUCUUGCAGAGUUUUUUCUUGUGGGGUAACUCAGUUUCUGGAACCAUACCACCCUCUUUUGGGAACUGCACAGAACUCUUUUCGCUUGACCUUUCAAGGAACAAGCUCACAGGUUCAAUCCCGGAAGAGAUUUUCAGCUUGAAGAAGCUGAGUAAACUUUUGCUUCUUGGAAAUUCUUUGACAGGAGAGUUGCCAUCAAGUGUUGCAGAUUGUGAAUCUUUGGUGAGACUACGGCUCGGAGAAAACCAGCUUUUAGGGAACAUUCCUAAAGAAAUAGGCCAAUUACAGAACCUGGUGUUUCUUGACUUGUACAUGAAUCAUUUCUCUGGAAGCUUACCAGUAGAGAUUGCCAACAUAACAGUUCUUGAGCUCUUAGACGUGCAUAACAACCACAUAACCGGCGAAAUUCCGUCUCAGAUUGGGGAGCUUGCAAACUUGGAGCAGCUUGAUCUAAGUCGAAACCAUUUGACAGGUGGAAUUCCUUGGAGCUUUGGAAACUUCAGUUAUUUGAACAAGCUCAUCCUCAACAAUAAUUUACUCACAGGAUCAAUCCCAAAAUCUAUUAGGAAUUUGCAGAAGCUAACUCUUCUUGAUUUGAGUUACAACAAUCUCUCUGGUGACAUACCUUCUGAGAUUGGUUAUGUUACAAGCUUAACCAUUAGUUUGGACUUAAACUCGAAUUCAUUCACAGGAGAAAUCCCAGAGUCAAUGUCUGCUUUGACACAGUUACAAUCACUUGAUCUUUCUCAUAAUAUGUUUUAUGGAGGAAUUAAGGUUCUUGGUUCUCUCACCAGUCUCACUUCCCUCAAUAUCUCGUACAACAAUUUCUCAGGUCCUAUCCCAGUAACUCCAUUCUUCAGAACUCUUUCUUUUAACUCAUGCCUUCAGAACCCCCUUCUAUGCCAGUCCAUUGAUGGCAAUACGUGUUCUUCAAGCCUGAUUCAAAGAAAUGGUAUAAAAUCUGCGAAAACCAUAGCUUUCGUAACUGUGAUUCUAGCUUCAAUUGUGAUAAUUGCUGUUGCAUCCUGGAUUAUAGCAACUCGUAGUAACAGGUAUACAGUGGAAAAAUCUUUGGGGGCAUUGGCGUCCACAUCAGGAGCUGAGGAUUUCUCAUAUCCUUGGACCUUUAUCCCAUUUCAAAAGCUAAACUUCACCAUAGAUAACAUCUUGGAUUGCUUGAAGGAUGAAAAUGUGAUCGGGAAGGGUUGCUCCGGUGUUGUCUACAAGUCUGAGAUGCCUAAUGGGGAGUUGAUAGCAGUGAAAAAGCUAUGGAAAGCUAGCAAAGAAGAUGAAACACUGGACUCUUUCGCUGUAGAGAUUCAGAUUCUCGGAUACAUCCGGCACAGAAACAUUGUGAGGCUACUGGGCUAUUGUUCUAACAGGAGUGUCAAGCUUCUUCUCUACAAUUUCAUCCCAAAUGGUAAUCUGAGACAGCUCUUGCAAGGGAACAGGAACUUAGACUGGGAAACCAGAUACAAGAUUGCUGUUGGAACAGCUCAGGGUCUUGCUUACCUUCAUCAUGAUUGUGUCCCUCCCAUUCUUCACAGAGAUGUCAAGUGCAAUAACAUACUUCUAGAUUCCAAAUACGAAGCAUAUCUCGCAGAUUUUGGUCUUGCAAAGCUGAUGAAUUCACCAAGUUAUCAUCAGGCAAUGUCUAGAGUUGCUGGUUCUUAUGAGUAUGGCUACUCAAUGAACAUAACUGAGAAGAGUGACGUCUACAGUUACGGAGUGGUUCUGCUGGAGAUACUAAGCGGGCGCAGUGCCGUCGAAUCCCAUGUCGGAGAUGGACAACACAUAGUUGAGUGGGUGAAGAGGAAAAUGGGGAGCUUUGAACCAGCUGUGUCAAUACUAGACACAAAACUCCAAGGUCUACCAGAUCAAAUGGUGCAAGAGAUGCUCCAAACACUUGGAAUUGCCAUGUUUUGCGUGAACUCUUCGCCAUCAGAACGUCCCACGAUGAAGGAAGUGGUUGCAUUGCUAAUGGAGGUGAAGAGCCAGCCUGAAGAGAUGGGCAAAACCUCUCAACCUCUAAUAAAGCACCCUUCAAAUCAAAGCUAAUUUUUUUCCCUCUUCCUUUCUUUCACUUGCCAUGGUUUUUAUCCUCUAGUGAUUGAUUCUCAUCUCUCACAAGAUGAAAACAAGAUGAUGUAUUAUGUGAACUUGAGAGUAGUGACUUAAAACGGCUAUUGUUGUACAGUUUUUAGAUAUAUAGAUAUCAUUAGUUUAUCUGCUGUAUGUGUAGCAGUGAUAGUAGUAGUAG